AUGUCGCCAAAUCUAGUUUCAUGGGAUCGCCUUGUACGAUAUAUCCCACAAGGAUCAAGUGAAAUACGCUAUGGUGAUCCAAUUAUACAGGGAGACGAAGCAGAUGCGAUUGCUCAAAAAGUCGAGGAUGGCACGUUGGAGGUGAAAGUGCUGGAAGGUCACAACCUGUUUGAAGCACGAUCGACGGGCAAAGUCGAAAAGGUUGCAAGACUGUUGGGUCCUUUGGAACCAUCCGAUGUGCCAAUUAUUCGUUGCAUUGGGUUGAAUUACAAGACUCACAUUCUCGAGACUGGACGGCCGCUUCCAACCUGCCCUACGGUGUUCACCAAGCCCUCGCCCGCGGUCGCGAACCAUGGAGAAGACAUCCCCAUCCCAGCAAUUGCACAAUCGCAGUGCGACUAUGAAGGCGAGCUAGUUAUUGUGAUUGGAAAAGAUGCAAAAAACGUGUCUGAGGAGGACGCUUUGGAUUAUGUGGCAGGCUAUACAGCAGGCAACGACGUGUCUGCGCGAGACUGGCAGCGAGAGGCUGGCAAGGCAGGGCCUGUGCCUCAAUGGUCCUUCAGCAAGUCCUUCGACAAAUAUGCACCGCUGGGUCCCUGCAUUGUGGCAUCACACGUGCUCGGAGAGGCAGACAGUCUAUCGUUGCGAACGCUUGUCAAUGACACGGUCAGGCAGGAGAGCAACACGAGCGACCUCUGCUUUGGCGUGCGACAGCUUGUUGCGUUCUGCAGUCAAGGGCAGACUCUGCAGCGAGGGUCUCUCAUCAUGACGGGUACACCAGGCGGAGUAGGCCUGUUCAUGAAGCCUCCACAAUUUUUGCAGGAUGGCGAUGUUGUGGCUGUUGAGAUUGGCGGCAUUGGCCGCAUCUCCAACAAGAUGUCUUUUGAGAAAUGA